GGGACUACAUUCGGACGGCUUUGUACUGUGAUAGUACGGGUUUAACCUAAUAAGAGACAUUUUAUUGUGAUACAUGCUCGGUGUGAACCUAAGUCCGUAUUUGUCGUGGACUGGUACCGAAACAUCAGUAGAACUAAACAAGUUUACACCUAAAAGUGGGCCGGUGCUGAUGUUAAAAAGUAACAGAAGAUGGCACUACUGAGUCAAUAAGCUAUCAAGAUGCGAGAAGAAGAGUUUUCACACUGGCUUUGUUAUUUAUUUGAAACAUGGCUCUUGUUCCUUAUGAAGAAAACCCGCUUCCUGCACUUUCCAAACUCCAUAACUCCUCAGCACAAUUCCGAUUUGCUAACCAGGAGCUCCGUCUGGCUCAGGACUGGAAGAGGCUAGGGGUGGCUGCAGUUGUCUGGGAUGCAGCGGUUGUUAUGUGUAUGUACCUGGAGCUGGGAGCAGUGGAGCUAAAGGGGAAGAAGGUCGUUGAACUGGGAGCUGGGACUGGACUGGUGGGGAUUGUGGCAGCUCUGCUGGGUGCUCAUGUGACCAUCACAGACAGGGAGCCUGCCCUGGAGUUCCUGUCCGCCAACGUUGCAGCCAACCUUCCCCCACCAGCCGGUGACUUGGUGGUGGUCUCUGAGUUGACCUGGGGUCAGGGCCUGGAGCGUUUCCCAGAAGGAGGAUUUGACGUGGUUCUGGGAGCGGAUAUCAUUUACCUGGAGGAGACCUUUUCCUCCCUGCUGCGGACCCUGGAGCAUUUAUGCUCGGACAGCACCGUCGUUUUGCUGGCCUGCAAGAUCCGCUACGAACGGGACGCGCGCUUCCUGAGCAUGCUGAGGCACAGCUUCACCGUGGAGGAGGUCCACUACGACAAAGACAGGGACAUCCGUCUGUACAAGGCGUCCAGACUCCCUAGAAGAAGGGAUUUAUGACAAGUCAAAUUUAUAUUUUACAAAGCAAUCCGGGAGGGUUUAAGAGAAUAAAAAAAAAGAAAGAAAAGAGCAAGAACACGUUUAUUUUCAGCUGCCAAAACUCUCAUUUAUAUGGCUCUAACAUAAACGCAGUUAUACAUGUUAAUGUUAACAUUUAGAAAAUGUGAAUAAAAAAAUUUAAAAGCAACAUAAAAAAAAAAAAAACAAUUUAUGACCAUACAUAAGAGUACAAUAUGGCAUUCUGUUUCAUGAAAAUAACAGCUUUGUUCUGAUUUGGUCUCACUUUACAUUGUGUUUUCAGGGUUUUGUGAAAUUUGGACCAAAUCCCGUCUUUAACCAAACACCCAUCUGCGUUUGGGUCAGGGAGCAGUUAGCUCCGAGGCUUUCAAAUUUUAUUUUGAAAUGUCUCAGGAUUGUAAAAGCAAGGAAAGUGCACACACUGCUUUGUUUUCUUACAGACUCCUCAGGUGAGAGGGGGAGACAUGGGGGCCUUUAUAAAAAAUGUUCCUGUUGAGGAUAAAAUGGAACAUUAAACUGCAGAGACUCAUCUUCCCUCCCAAACUGUCCAAAUAUGGAACCAGGUAUGUUAUACAUUAUAAAACAAGCAAUCCGUUUAUCCAGUGAGCUUCCAAAUAAAGUUAUGAUGAAUAGAAAGUACACCCUCUAAAUCUUCAGGUUUUACCAGGUUCUAAUAGUAUUUAUACAGAUUAAGACCAGACAAAGUAAAAAACUUUUUAAUUACAAGAAAAAAAAAAUGAGAAUAAAGGUAAAAAUGUAAUAGGAAUAUGACGCAAAUCUGAGAACUACAUGAAAUAUAAUGUAUUAAAAUGAGGAAUGUUGAGCAUUUUGUGACGUUACACUUUGGUAUCUUUUUAACAAAUACAGAAUUGCAUCAUUUUAAACAGCAUCAACUUAUUAGCAGGACUUUGAACAGUCUACGUUGAAGAGGAAAAAAAAUGAUUUCUUGUAAUUUUAUGAAUUUCUUCUAGAAUAAUUGUGUCUAUUCUCAUGAGUUUAUUCUUGUAAUUAAAAAAUGUAUUCUCUUAGACAGGCCCUAAUAGACAUAUACUUAAAAAACAAUGUCAUUUAUCAAAGUUAUGGCCCAAUUUUAAAAGUUGAGUUAAAAACUAAGUACACCAACUGUUAAGCACGGUGGUGGAGGGGUGAUUAUUUGGGCCUGUGACAUGCGAGGUCACCUGUCUGAACUUUCAUUGGGCUACAUUUCCACAUUAUUUCUCAAUUUUUCUGCAUUAAACGAUGACUUUUUCAAAUUAGGUUAGAUUUAACUAACUGAUAAAACCUAAUAA